AUGGAACGGGAACCAGGUGCACCUUAUGCUGUCGGCAGUGAACCUGUAGGCAGUUUUCCGCGGCGGCAAGUGCUCUUCCAGGACCUGACCUCAACUCUCUGCACUUUUGCGUUGUCGUUGGCAGCACUGGCUGUCAGUAUAGGCCUCGGGUUCGCGCGACCAACUGUGAGGCCUUUUUUCGUCAACGACGCGAAUCAUUGGUACCCGUUCAGAAACGAGACGCUGCCAUACUUUGUACUGCUUUUGGUUGGACUCGUUGUCCUGACGCCCGUCAUCGCACUGUACGAGUUUUUUGUGUACCUGGAGCGAGAGUCGUUCUUCGCGGCUCUGAAUCACGUGCUUGGUUUCAUCUCUGCGUUCGCAUGGAGCUCCAUGACGACUCAGUGCAUCAAACUGUACGCGGGGAGCUUGCGGCCGGACUUUGGCUCCCGAUGUUUCGGUAACGGCAAGUUCCCGCCGGCUGCCUACAGCCCCGGCGUCGUGCUCAGUAACAUGGAGUGCACUGUCGCCGAUGCGCGCUUCUUGAACAGCGGUCGCAUGUCGUUUGUCAGUGGUCAUACGUCCACCGCGAUGGUAUUCGCGACCUACUUUGCCCUCUUCCUCAGUCGUCGUGCCCGAAUGCUUCCAGAGACGCGCUUCAGGUGGCUGAAGACCAACCUCAUGUAUCUGGGUGCACUCAUCACGCUGCUCAUGGCGAUAUUCGUCGGGGUUUCGCGCAUUGUGGAUAAUCGGCACUUUCCGGCUGACGUGGUUGGCGGUGCCUUGGUCGGCAUAGGCUUUGCUUUGGGCAUUUUCAUGCUCAUUGAAAGCAAUGUGCGCAUUUUACAUGAUAAGAAGUAUCAUCCGUUAUCGUUUAAUGGAUUUGAGCGUCCGCCAGUUGUCUAA